GUGUGGAUGAAGUGGUGUGUUUACUGCCUCGGGAGUCUCCGCGCUCAUUGCAGGAGCUUCAAGCGAGGCUGACGGACGCACAGCCGCUCCUAAGAGGGACUGAAGGAGCUGCUGGAGAGGGAGAAGAAGAAGGAGAAGAUGUCUGUGGCAAUAAAGAGAGGAAUCAGCGCCAAAGCAGAGUCUAGAAAAUGCGCUGCGCGUUUCUGGAGGCUUUUUCCUCACCUGGUGCUGUGUCUGUCUCUGGUCGGGUACGCAGCGCUGGGUGCGCUCAUGUUCCAAUAUAUUGAAGGAGGGGUCCCCAGUGUCCCGCAGGACUACAGUGAGUUCCUUGGUAAGAUUAUCACCAAGGUCCAGAGCCUCACCGAAAAUGCGUCCUGCACACACCAGAACAUAGUGAAGGAGGUGGAAGGUGACAUGAAAGGUGGGUUCAAGUCCAUUUGGCUGCAGAAUCGGGACAGAUGGUCCUUUUUUGGCUCCAUGUUCUUCUGCUGCACAGUGUUCACAACAGUGGGCUACGGAGAGAUCUAUCCAGUUACCCUCCUUGGUAAGGUGGUGUGUGUGUUGUACGCCAUGGUGGGCAUCCCUCUCAUGCUUCUCGUCAUCCUCGAUGUGGGAGACUUCCUUGCUAUGCUGAUGACACGAGCCUACAUCCAGAUACACACCUUCUUCAAAGACUUCCGCUCCCACAAGUGGUCACCCCGACAGGAGGAGAGGAGAGUAGAUACUUUGAGCUGCCGGACCCUGGAAGAUGGUACCUUUGUUUUUAGCCAUGAUGUGGUGGGACUCAGCGAACCCCUCGACAUCCGGCAGGUGCUGCACAGCCAGGCGGACAUACGACAGAAGUCCAUUCAACUCCAGAAUAACAAAGAGAUCUUUGAGAAAAUCCUGGCCAGGGAGGACUUACUAAGAAAAGGUCCACUGCUCAGGACCCUCUCAUGUCCAGAACUAGCCCGGAUGCCACACAAAUACAGAGGCUACACCAUCUGGGACUUCACAGGGUUGGGGGAUGGAAUGGAAACACUGGAUGUACCCUUCAUUCUCAUCCUUUUCAUUGUGUUCGCCUACAUUUUGUUUGGUGGUUUGAUUCUGCCAUUGUGGGAAACUGAGUUCAAAGGCUUUGACCCCUACUACUUCUGCUUCAUCACACUCACCACCAUCGGUUUUGGGGACAUUAUACCAAAUCACCCCAAGUACUUCCUGCUGACUUCACUUUUUAUCAUCGUUGGCAUGGCCAUCAUGUCCAUGGCCUUUAAGCUGUGCCAAACACGACUUGUGAUCUGCUACCGCCAGUGCAUUAAGUUCAUCAGCAGGGGAAAUGCUGAGACAUUCAUAAAAGAAGACAGCGACUAGUGACCAGGGGAAUAUCUGCCCAGCGUAGAGGGUUAUACAAGCUUACAGUCCUGAUUUUGAGGCAGGCUCAAAUGGGAGAUUGUGUUUACUGGUACAGUGGGAUCUUUGCUGGCUGUUCAACUGUAAGCAUGCACAAAAUAAAAACAAUGCAUGUGUCCAAAGCCUUCGCCCAGUGAAGGACAGUUACUCAAAAUGACUCCUAUCAAUAAGAACUGUUAAAGUUACAUAUCUAGUUACAGUCUAAUUACAAGGAAUGACCACUAGCUGUAAGUGUCACGUUUGGCUCUGAAUCAGGUCUUCACUUUUAUGACUGUCCUCUAGGAAACCCAAACAAAAUGCCUCAUACAUUUUAAAUAACCAAACUGACUUGCUUUAAAAGCAGUUCUUCAAAAUGAAAUUGAAAGGCGUGUUUGUAUGUAAUUGUAUAGUUGUUUGUAUAUAUCUUCUCUGGGUCCGUUUGCUAAAACUGGACCUGCAUACUUGCUCUGAUUUAAAAAUAAAAGCUCAGGCAGUCA